AUGAAGGUGAUCCUGGAGAAAGCUGCGCAAGAGUUUGCCGACGCAACCGCCAAGCCUCCCUUUUUAUUUGAGCUCCCCCCGGACGAGGGAAGAAAGAUCUUUGAUGACGUGCAGAAGGAGUCGCUUGCGUUCAAAGACGGCAUCACCAGUGAGGUGAUCACAUUUUCUUCCUUUGACGUCAAGUUGAUUAAGCCCACCGACAAUUCUUCUCAGCGAUUGCCCGUCGUUUUGUACGUUCACGGGGGCGGUUGGGUUUUUGGUAGCCCGGACGCUUUCGGCCGUCUGUUGGGCGACAUUGCAAAAAGGGUCAACGCAGCUGUGUUUGCUGUCAACUACUCAAGGUCUCCAGAAGCAAAGUAUCCAACUGCACUGAAUCAGAUUUGGGAAGCUCUCGAGCACAUCAAGGGCAAAAGCGCAAUGUACAACGUCGAUGCUAAUCGGAUCGCUAUCGCAGGCGACUCUGUUGGUGGCAACAUGUCCGCGGUUACCGCUUUGCGUGACCAAGGUCGAUAUCUCCGAGGGCAAGCACUUCUUUACCCUGUGUGCGAUUUCUCGUUUGAUACCGGCUCUUACAACGAUUUCGCCAAGGGAUUCUUCUUGCAACGAGACGCGAUGAAAUGGUUCUUUGAGCAAUACACCGCCGGUAUCCAUACCGCCAGCGCGGACAAUGUGCAGAUCUCGGUCCUACGCACAGACAAGGAGCUGCUGGCCAAAGCUCCGCCUGCUCUCAUCUUGACGGCCGAGGCUGAUGUCCUGCGCGAUCACGCAGAAGAGUAUGCUGGAAAGCUUCGCGAAGCGGGUGUGCAAGUUGCAAGCGCCCGGCUUGGAGGGAUCAUUCACGACUUCCUCCUUCUCGAUCCUCUCCAAGAUACAGGAGCGGCCAAAGCAGGCCGAACCCUUCUCGUCGCUCAGCUUCAGGAAUGGCUGGCCUGA